GUUGGCAGCCUUGCCCAUUAUAUGCCAAGGGAAGGAGGAGAAAAAUAGGUGUUGGUUAGUUGUUGUGCGCUCUCCGGACCAAUUUCUGCGAAAUUCGCCGGAUUUUUGACCGCUAUGACCUGGAUUGACGCUUAACUUCACUUUCCGCGUGUUCCCGAACAUCACCCGAGAAUGGCCAAGAAGACGUACGACCUUCUGUUCAAGCUGCUUCUGAUCGGCGACUCGGCAGUCGGCAAGACGUGCAUCUUGUUUCGUUUUUCGGACGAUGCCUUCACCACCACCUUCAUUUCCACCAUUGGGAUUGACUUUAAGAUCAAGACUGUUGAGUUGCGGGGCAAGAAGAUCAAGCUGCAGAUCUGGGACACUGCAGGCCAAGAGCGCUUUCACACAAUCACCACCUCGUACUACCGGGGUGCCAUGGGCAUCAUGCUAGUCUAUGAUAUAGCCAAUGAGAAGAGUUUUGACAAUAUUGCAAAGUGGCUCCGCAACAUUGAUGAACAUGCCAAUGAGGAUGUUGAGAAGAUGAUCCUCGGAAAUAAGUGUGACAUGGAAGACAGGAGGCAGGUUAGCAAGGAGAAAGGAGAAGCAAUUGCCCGAGAGCAUGGAGUGCGUUUCAUGGAAACCUCAGCCAAGGCAAAUAUCAAUAUUGAGUCCGCGUUCCACGAGCUGGCUUCGGCGAUUUUGGACAAGACGGCUGGCCGAGUCGUGCAAGAGCCAACCGACCGUGUGGCGGUGGACAAGAAGGCCAAUGAGCGCAGCACGGCCAACCGGUGUUGUUGAGGUACCACAGACUGACUCAUUGUGUGUGCACAAGUCAAACCAUAACUAUUGAUUGAUCAUUUAAUAUUAUUACUAUAAUUUGCUUACAAAAUAAAUUCGCUAACUGGACAA